AAGAAACAUAACUUCUACCAAAAAAGAAGUAACAGAACAGAACUUGACAAAAAAAAAAAAGAAAAAAAAAAAACAGAACAUGAUUAUGAUUAUGAUCUUGAUGAAGAAGAAAACAACGUUAACCCAUUGAAACUGAAAUUGGAGAGAAAGUAAAGUUGUUUAUUAUUAUGCCAAUUUCACCUGCAGCUGUGAUCGUUCCAUUGGGUAUUCUCUUCUUCGCUUCUGGUCUCAUCGUUAACCUCAUUCAGGCGGUAUGUUUCGUGAUUGUGAGGCCAAUUUCAAAGAAUUUGCACAGACGGAUCAACAGGUUGCUUGCAGAACUUCUUUGGCUGGAGCUUGUUUGGAUUUUUGAUUGGUGGGCUGGAGUCAAGAUCCAAGUAUUCACAGAUCGUGAAACCUUUCGUGUCUUGGGUAAAGAACAUGCUCUUGUCAUAUCCAAUCACAAAAGUGAUAUUGAUUGGCUUGUUGGAUGGAUUUUAGCUCAGCGUUCAGGUUGCCUUGGUAGCACCCUUGCUGUGAUGAAGAAAUCAUCAAAGUUUCUGCCGGUCAUUGGUUGGUCAAUGUGGUUUUCUGAAUAUCUUUUCUUGGAGAGAAAUUGGGCCAAGGAUGAAAGCACAUUAAAGUCAGGCCUACAGCAACUGAGGGAUUUCCCUCUUCCCUUUUGGUUGGCACUCUUUGUAGAAGGAACUCGCUUUACACAGGCCAAACUAUUAGCCGCUCAGGAAUAUGCAACCUCGACUGGAUUGCCUGUUCCUAGAAACGUUUUGAUUCCAAGAACUAAGGGGUUUGUUUCAGCAGUGAGUCAUAUGCGCUCAUUUGUUCCAGCAGUUUAUGAUGUAACAGUGGCAAUUCCUAAGAGUUCACCCGCUCCUACAAUGCUAAGACUCUUCAAGGGGCAACCUUCAGUGGUGCAUAUGCAUAUUAAACGGCAUUUGAUGAAGGAUUUACCAGAAGCAGAUGAAGCUGUUGCUCAAUGGUGUCGAGAUGUAUUUGUGGCAAAGGAUUCUUUGUUAGACAAACAUAUAGCUGAUGACAGAUUCAGCGAUCAUGAGCCACGGGAUCUCGGUCGACCAAUAAAGUCUCUUCUGGUUGUCAUAACAUGGAUUUUUGUCGUUGUUGCGGGGACUGUUAAGUUGCUUCAAUGGUCUUCACUACUAUCCUCUUGGAAGGGUGUUGCAUUUUCGGUAUUUAGUUUGGCAAUCGUCACUGCACUGAUGCAAAUCUUGAUUAUGUUCUCACAAUCUGAGCGUUCAAACCCUGCCAAGGUUCCACCUUCAAAGCCCAAAACUAGAGAAGAAUUGCAGGGUAGUGAUGACAAACAAGAGUAGAUCACACACAUUACUCAAAUAUGCUAUACAUAAAUAGGGAACUUAAUUUGCAUUUAUGUGUGGAUUCUUUUGGUUAUGAAAUUUCAUCACCUAUGCAAUCUUCCUUGUAUUAUUAUGCAUGCAUAUCAAUUAAUUAUUUUCACAUUA